AUGCGCUGGUGGCCGGUGUUAUCGCUGGCCGCCCUGUCUGUUGUCACCUGCGCCAUAGAGGAGCUGUUCGAGAACGAUAAGUGUCACCUGCAUACGGGCGCGGAAGGCGUCUGUCGACGGGCGUCCGGCUGUGCCUGGUUACGACCUGCACUGCGUGCACACGAGAUCACCACCCAGCAGCUGGUCAACUGUGGUUUUGAAGGUGACGAACCGAUCGUCUGCUGUCGCACCGGCGACGGGCACACCAAAUCGAACCGAGUUGGCGUGCGGGCAUCGGCGAAGGCCUGUGCAACAUAUGACGGGAAGUACUCGCGGCUGUCGUUCCACAUCGUCGGUGGAAGCAAGUCGAAUAGUGGCGAAGUUCCGUUCAUUGGUGCGUUGGGCUACCGUGAUGAUGAUGCAGAGGACGGUUCGGCAUACAGAUGGGCGUGCGGUAGUAGUCUCAUCACGCUCCGGUUCCUAGUCACGGCAGCGCACUGCUGCAACAGUACAUCGUUCGGUGCGCCGGUAAUAGUGCGGAUGGGCACGAUAAAUCUAGUAACGCCCGCCAUUCCCGAGGAAGUACAGGAUCGCACGAUCAAGAACAUCAUCAUGCAUCCGAAGUACAAGAGCAGCCAGAAGUACGACGACAUCGCACUGCUCGAGGUGACUAGCCAGUUUAUGUUCGAUUCGGUACUGCAGCCGACCUGUCUCCAUGUCGAUGACGCCGAUUUUGAUGAUAAGACCGUGCUGUAUACGGCCGGUUGGGGCUAUACGACGAAUCGAUACUCACCGGAAGCGCUACUGAAGACGUACCUCUCCACCGUGCCGGUGGAGGAGUGUAACAAGGCGUACGACAUGUUUAAAGCCCGCAUGAAGGAUGGUAUACGACCGUCACAGUACUGUGCCGGCGGUAAUACCCAGCUGGUCGAUGGCCAUCCGCUAGCGAAUGAUGCGUGCGAGGGUGACUCAGGUGGUCCGCUGUACUAUGUGGCCGGUGGUGCGAAUGAACCGAAGUACUAUCUGCUCGGCGUCACCUCGUUCGGGGCCGGCUGUGGGUCCAAAACACCUUCCGUGUACACGCGCAUCUCGUACUACUUGGACUGGAUCGAAUCGCACGUGUGGCCAGCAGACCCACGCGACUCCAAAACGAACAAAAAAGAACCGACACAGGUGUAUUGGUACGGGCCUGGAAUGCGGCAAAUAACGGGUACACUGCUGCUGCUGCUGCUGGCCGCUACUGGCGGUGCCCUCUGUCAGAUGCUUUACGAGGGCGAUAGGUGCGAGUUGCGCGAUGGUACGGCCGGUGUCUGUACUGAUGCAACUGCCUGUCCCUGGUUUCUGGAGGUGAUCGUCAAGAACCGCCGCUUUGCCGAUCGUGUCUCGUGCGGUUUCGAUGGGCUGGUGGAGGUGAUAUGCUGCAAAACGAACAGUACGGCCGGUGCACGUCCGUUCGGUGUACGGUCCCGGCUGGCAUGUGACCAGGUACCGAAGUACACGUCGCGCCUCACCUUCCACAUCAUCGACGGCGAGGAGGCUAGUGAGGGCGAGUUCCCAUUCAUGGCGGCGCUUGGUUACCCGGCGGAAGAGGAUAGUCAGAAUGUGAGCUAUCGGUGCGGUGCGAGUCUCGUUUCCUCCGAUUUCCUGCUGACCGCUGCCCACUGUAUACCGACGAACGAUCGACCGACGGUGGCCAUUCUCGGUACCAACAAUCUUGCCCCUGGUAAUCAUGGCGUUGUAGUAGGAAUCAAGGCAUUCUUUCCCCAUCCAGAAUACCGGACCAAUCGGAACUAUCAUGACAUUGCGCUAGUGCAGUUGGAAAGACGGAUCGAGAACGAACCAGAUGUGAAUCCAAUCUGUCUCAACGAUGAUCUAUCGGAUCUGCCCGAGGCAACGGUACUCACCGCGGAAGGCUACGGCAUCAUCGAUCUAGACCGUAAUCUCCGGUCGAACCAGCUGAUGAAGGUGAACCUUACAACAGUAGCGUGGCAAAAGUGCAACCAAAGCUUUGCCGACAGCAACCUGCUGAAGAACAACCGGAAGCUACCGCAGGGUAUUGUCGCGACGCAGUACUGCGCAACCGGGCGUGAAAACGAAGAAACCAAGGUGGUGGGCGAUACGUGCCAGGGCGAUUCUGGCGGGCCACUUCAAAUUCUGGACGACGGCAAGUACAAGCUGGUCGGGGUCACCUCGUUCGGGAACGGUUGUGGCAGUAAUACACCCAGCGUAUCUACACGUGUCGCAGCCUACAUCGAUUGGAUCGAAAGUAUCGUAUGGGGAUAGGGACGUUUGACCAUUGGACUUUGACGGAACUUGAUCCAAAUAGAUUUCUUUUGAGCGCGAGCCAUGGUUAGAACUUUAAGCAAGUAGACAGAGAGAUAUAGAGAGGAGGAGCGAGAUAUAUAUAUGAGAUAUGAGUGAGGGAAAGAGAGCAGGGCACUGAAGAAGAUUGUCUAAAUGAUUAUAAUGAAAGUUGCACUACGAAAGACUUCGAUCACCGAAGAGAUGAUCACACUAUAUGGGCAGUAACAGUCAAUACUCAACAAUGCAGCCUGUCGCGAAGGUGUAAUUUCUAUACAAACAGGACAAGAGCAAGAACACUUGUACAGCUAUAAAAGUAUAUA